ACGCGGCUGGACAUCAUCGUCUCCACACACCUCCACCUCACCUUUCUCCGGCUCAACCGCGCUACCAUGACUUUCCCCAUGGCCACCUCCACCGCCUCCACGGCCGCCGCCGCUUCCCUCCGCCUUCUCCCGGUGCCAGCCACCCCAUCCUCCCGCACUCUCCGCUUCUCGCCCAUCCUCCGCCGCGCGCCCCGCGCCCUCUUAUCCGUCUCCGCCCUCAGCAAGCUCUCCGAGGCGCCCCCCGUCCCCAUCCCGCAGGAGGCCACCCAGACUUUGCCCGGCGAGGACGCGCUUCCCCCUAGGCCCGGGGUCUACGGCGUCUUCGACCCCGCCGGGGACCUGCAGUUUCUCGGGAUCUCGCGCAACGUCAGGGCCAGCGUCGAGGGGCACCGCAGAAAGGUGCCCGCUGACCUCUGCGCCUCCGUCAAGGUUGCAAUACCAGACGAGGAAACACCAGAUAAAAGUGUCCUGACUAAUGCCUGGAAAUCAUGGAUGGAAGAAUACAUAGCAGCCACUGGCAAGGCACCACCAGGGAACGUUGCCGGGAACCACACCUGGAUCGGUCCUCCACAGAGACCUGCAGAUUUGCGUUUGACUCCUGGUCGCCAUGUUCAGCUAACUGUGCCACUUGAACAGUUGAUUGAUCGGUUAGUGAAGGAAAAUAAAGUGGUUGCCUUCAUCAAAGGAUCAAGAAGUGCUCCCCAGUGUGGGUUCUCGCAAAGAGUGGUGGGGAUCCUGGAGGCACAUGGAGUGGAUUUUGCAUCCGUAGAUAUUCUUGAUGAGGAGCACAACCAUGGGUUGAGAGAGACCCUCAAGACCUACAGCAACUGGCCAACCUUCCCACAGGUUUUUGUUGGAGGAGAACUUGUGGGCGGAUGUGAUAUUAUUUCAUCCAUGGCUGAAAAGGGGGAGCUUGCUGCCCUAUUUCAGAAAUAGCACUCUCACCUUGGAGUUUAAGUAAUGUCUUGUUUUAUCAGGUGCAAAAUGUGACCUUAUCUCUUGUACUGUUGCAAUAAUGCUUAGCUUAUUGUAAGGCACAAAGUUCUUGGCUCAGAAACACGUUGAUUCAAUUUAGAUGAGGCAGCGUUGUACUGUGAAACUUGCUGGUUGUUUUUGAGAGAGGGCUUAGCAAAGGUGGCUGUGUGUAUUUUUGUGGUCGUUUCACAUCUUGCACAUGAAUACAUUGUAGCUACAUGAGAAAGUAUGUGAUGCAUGAAGUGAGAAAAUCGUUGGAUUGA